UGCGUUUCCUAGGGUGUAUUAAGAGAACGGGAUUGCCGGAAGUGGUGGUUGUUGUGGGCAGUUCCAGUGCCAGUGCACCCUGCGCUGCGCAUGGCGAGUGGUCAAAUAACAGAAGAAAAAAAAAUGUAAAGUGACCAGUCUCUCUCUGUUGCUUUUUAAAGUUCGGAGCAACAAGCGGUGUUUUUAAAUAACCGUGUGAUGUUGCAGAGACACCAGGAAACAUAAGCGACGCCGUGCUAACUUCCUGCUACGCUAACAGCUAGCUAGCAAAGGAAGCAUCCAUGGCAGAGGCCGGAGCCCAUCUGACCUCCGCCGCUGGGAAUGAGCAGCCGUCCAUCUUCGAGCUCCUGGCACAGGAGUCUCUGAUGGAGGCGGUCCGACCGGCACUGAGACACGCUGUCAAGGUUCUGGCAGAGUCCAACCCGUCCCGUUUCGGGUUCCCGUGGCGACGCUUCGACGAGCUCUACCUGCUGCUGGACCUCCUCCUCCAGAACCACUACCUGUCUCACUGCAGCGCCUCCUUCUCGGAGAACUUCUACGGCCUGAAGAGAGUUUCGGGAGGGCGAGGUCCUCCCGGUCGCCUGGGGCUGCCCGGGACGUCCCACUGGCGCUCUCUUCUUCUCCUGUGCCUGGUGCCGUACCUGCGGGCCAAGCUGGAGGCCAAGCUGGCGAGGCAGAGGGACGAGGAGGACUUCUCCAUCCGGCUGGCGCAGAGCCGGAGCCAGAGGCUGUACCGGGCGGCCGUGGCUGCGUACCCGUACGUCAGCUCAGCCUGGCAGGCCUGGCUCUUCAGCCAGCAGCUGCUCUUUGUCUUUGGUGUCGCCAGGACCCAUAAUCCCCUGCUGUGGCUGGCCAGGGUCAGACUGGCACGACUCAACGUUCAAGAUAUCAGAGACAUGGAGCUGAAGAGCAGCAAAAUUGGCAAACCAGCCGAGGGAAGCCUGGUGCAGAGAGCGUGGUGGUUGAUGUCCCAGGCGGCGCAGGGCGCGGCCGUGUCCCUCUCCACCUCCCUCUCGCUGGGCGUCUUCUUCCUGCAGUUCCUGGAGUGGUGGUACUCGUCUGACAACCAGAGCACCGUGAAGGCCCUCACCUCGCUGCCGGCUCCUCCGCCCCCCCUCCACCUGCAGCAGGACCCUCCAUCCGCCUCGGCCAAUCGCAGCGGAGACUCUACGCCCGGCGCCGGUAGCAGCAGGAACUGUCCGCUGUGCCGGAGGCUUCGCACAAACGCCACGGUGCUGUCCACCUCGGGCUUCGUCUUCUGUUACCGCUGCAUCUACGUGUACGUGAAAGCCAACCGCCGCUGCCCGGUUAGCGGCUAUCCCACCGAGCCGCAACACCUCAUCAAGAUCUACUCACCUGAGAGCUAGAACACAUCCAGCAACCACAUGUCAGAGUUUACUUUCAGAAUACAAACUCUUUCAGAAAGAAAGGAAGUGGCCUUGGGUUUUUCUUUUGUAUAAAAUGGGUUCUCUAAUGUACAGUGUUUGAUAAAUUGUUCAGUGAUACCAGUUGAUUUGGAUAUGAUGCUUUCUCAGCUCACAUCACCAUUUAAUAUUUAUAAAUGCAUUCCUAAAUUGUUUCCACAGUGAUAUUAAGAGGAUUAUUUUUUUUUUUU